AUGAAGAUUGUUCUAAUUAUCACUCCAAGUGUAGAUUCUAAAAAAUUUUGUCAGCUUGUAUUGAUCAAACACUCUGUAGUAAUUAUGUUGCUUAAGGAAAAUAAUACUGAAAAAAAAUACUUAUUGCAGAGCCUUAAAGUGUAAAUCUAAUUUCAUUUGCAGUUAUCAAUCAGGAGACAAUAAUUUCUGAUAAUCUUAAUUAUUGAGUUAUCAAUGGUUCUAAAUGCAACUGGGCCUUGUUUAUCAUUGUCAUGUUAUUAGAAUACAACAGCCAAUUCUGAUUCUGAAUGUCAGUCUUAUUAAAAUGGAUGUUUAACCAGAGAAGUUGGAUGA